AUGUCAGACCAACGCAAAAGCCUCAAGGUCCCCGGAUUCCCAUCUUCUUUGAGCUUCGGGGGGUAUACAGACCUAACCGAUCUCACGGGAAAAGACUUCGUCGCCGCAAAAGCAUCCUCAAUCUUCAGGUACGCCGGGACAGACGGCACCGGAGACCUCUACACCCACGUCUCCUCCGACGAAAGCACCAAGAGAACCGUUCAAUUGGCAGCCGACGUCGAAGCCAAAGUGGGCAAAUCCGUUCUCCCAAUCUUGGUCGCAUAUACAACCAAUUUAUCGUUGGGGGACCCGAAUAUCCGUCUGCAGAACGAGACAGAAAUCCAGCACGGGUUUUCAAAUCUGAUCUUGUCACUGUAGAUAGCCGUGAAAACAGCGAAAGAGAAGGGAGGGAGAGAGGUGCCCGCUGCGUACAUCCUGAAUCCUGAAUUUUUAGGAACAUGUCAACAGCAAAACCUCUCGCCCGACUUCGCCAUGCCAGUUCGCGAGGCACUCCGUGGUGCCCUCGAGUACCGCGCCGUCAAGGGUGACAUACCUGAGGACAUCACUAACACGCUCAAAGGAUAUGUUUCCGCCGUCAACUGGGUUGUCCGGCUCGUCGCUCACGACGUAACCUUCGGAUGGCAGGCCAACAUCUGGGGAGUCGGGAACGCAACUUGGAUCUGACCAGAGCAAAACAGAAGCAGAUCUUCGCGAGAUCGCGAAGCAAACAGUGGAUUAUAUUAAGAGUCUCGGUGUCUACACCGGCGCCUACGCGCCUGAUUUCUUGGCUAUCGAUCGCUAUGAAGCUGAUGAUCUUACCAUACGGGGGUAUGGGAAUGGAUACUGCUACAGUCCGUCCGAAUGGGAGCGUUUCUACGACUUCUGCUCAAAUCUCAAUUCUGGACUCGAUGUCCCCGUCAUGCCGUGGCAGAUCCCCGCGAGUCGCCUUCCGUACAAGACCGAAGCGGUGUCGUAUCUCGAGGAGGAGAAAUGGUGA